AUGGAGUAUUUCAUGGUGCCCACUCAGAAGGUGCCCUCUUUGCAACAUUUCAGGAAAACAGAGAAAGAAGUGAUAGGAGGGCUCUGUAGCCUGGCCAACAUUCCACUGACCCCUGAGACCCAGCGAGACCAGGAACGGCGGAUCCGGCGGGAGAUUGCCAACAGUAACGAGCGCCGCCGGAUGCAGAGCAUCAAUGCUGGCUUUCAGUCCCUCAAAACCCUCAUUCCUCACACGGACGGAGAGAAGCUCAGCAAGGCAGCCAUCCUCCAGCAGACGGCUGAGUACAUCUUCUCGCUGGAGCAGGAGAAGACUAGGCUUCUACAGCAGAACACGCAGCUCAAGCGCUUCAUCCAGGAGCUGAGCGGCUCGUCUCCCAAGCGGCGGCGGGCAGAGGACAAGGACGAGGGCAUUGGCUCUCCAGACAUCUGGGAGGAUGAGAAGGCGGAGGACCUGAGGCGGGAGAUGAUCGAGCUUCGGCAGCAACUGGACAAGGAGCGCUCUGUGCGCAUGAUGCUGGAGGAGCAGGUUCGCUCUCUGGAGGCCCACAUGUACCCCGAGAAGCUCAAGGUGAUAGCGCAGCAGGUGCAGCUACAACAGCAGCAGGAGCAGGUGCGGAUGCUGCACCAGGAGAAACUAGAGCGAGAACAGCAGCACUUGCGUACCCAGCUUCUGCCCCCUCCAGCCCCCACCCACCACCCCACAGUGAUUGUGCCAGCGCCACCUCCCCCACCCUCCCACCACAUCAACGUCGUCACCAUGGGCCCCUCCUCAGUCAUCAACUCUGUCUCCACGUCCCGGCAAAACCUGGACACUAUCGUGCAGGCGAUCCAGCACAUCGAGGGCACACAGGACCAGCAGGAAGACGAGCGGCGGGUGGUCAUUGUGAAGCAGGCCCGCGGUGGCCCUGAGGUCCACACCUCGGACACUACCUCCGACUCCGAGUCCUCUGACACAAUGGACCAGAGCCGGGAGGAGCUGGUGGGAGACGGGGAGCUUCCCUGA